AUGGACCGUGCGAGCAAAAAUGAGCUUAUGACGUGGUUGGAGGACCGCCAUAUUGAAUUUCCGAGUUCUGCUACUGUUCGACAUUUGCGAGCCCUCUACGACAUCGAAAUUCAACGAGAACGGCGAACCAACACGGAAGGAGAGCUUCCUUCAAUUUCGGGAAGUCCAGAGCGGAAUUGCGGCGAGGAAGACAACGAAGAAGAACGACAACUUGAUGCUGAGAUUCGGUUACUACAGAAACGUCGACUCGUGGCCGAUUUGCGUCGAGAAAUCGCUGCAAUUGAAGCCGAAUUCAACAUUUACAAUGCUCCGCCAGCUGCUCCGAUCAAGGCCCCUGAAUUCCGAGAUAUCAAAUAUUCUGUUCCGAUUUUCUCUGGUGGUGCAGCGUACGAUGCCGAAAAGUGGAUUCAUGACUUUGAACAGGCUUGCGAAUCCAUUCACGGUGAUGGAGAUUUUCGGUUCAUGGCUGUCCGACGUAUGAUGGAACCUGGCUCUGAGGCAGAGUUGUUCUUAAGGGUGGAUAGAUCAAGAAACUACCAGGAGUUUAGAACCAGUUUUUUGGAGAACUUCAGCCACGUGCAUUCUGUGUCGGAGAUUAUUGACAUGAUGAAAAAAACAACAUUCAGUGCUGCAAAAACAUCAGUCAUGGGUUACAUUCUAAAAAUGCAAGAAAUUGCAUCUCGAGCGAACAUCGACGAGAAACAGACAGUGGAGUUGAUUGUGGACGGGUUUCGUGAUCGUUCUGCCAACAUUGCGGUUCUCUACCCAGCGACGACAAUUGCACAAUUGAAACAACUGGCCCAUCGGUACUCACAGUUGAGGGAGAUGCACACUGCAUCGUUCGCAACAUCCCGUGGUGGAAAGCCACCGGCUAGACCAGCAACGAAACCGUCCGACGUUAGAUGCUUCAACUGUUCCGGGAUGGGACACGUAUCAGCCAACUGCCCUGAGCCAAAGCGAGAAAUCGGAUCGUGCUUCCGGUGUGGUUCGGACCAACACAAAUUGAAGGACUGCCCCAAACCGGCUUACGUGAUGAAGAGACAAGUCGCCAUGGUGGACGAUUUUCGGCGAGGCCCAGCACUGACAGACAUUGGACCGGUCGAGGCAAACGGUGGAACAAUUCCAGAAAUCAAUGAGUCCGAUUAACCUGAUAAAAAGAUCGGCAGUCCCGUGUCUCUCUAUCCCCACAGAGAAAAUUAAUUCCGGUUAUAAAGGCGUAGGUGGAUUCCCCUUGUGUACAUUUGGCAUCAUUCUUGUUCGAGUGACGUUUCGAUAUCGGACAAAAACUGUUAAGUUGUACACAGUACCAGAUCAUUUUAUUUGUCAUCCUUUACUUCUUGGUAGAGAAUUUCUUACUAGUUUUGGAAUUACUUUAUAUGAUCAUCUUACUACUAACAUUGUUAAAGUUGAACUCCAUGACGCAAAUGAAAUAAGAAUUGCCGGCGAACGGCUCCACUGCGUAUAUAAUCUUUUUGAAACUAAUUCUGACUUCCGUCCCGAUUCCCAAAAUUCGAUUCCUUGUUCGAUGUGUGAUCUAACUGUUUCCCUGUACGACCCCGUAACGUGCCGUGGCUCUGUGGCCGACAUAUUCACCAUUGACGUUAGUGAUAAUCAGAACUUUCCGUACAAUAUCAAUCCCAAGCUAAGUGCAAAUACCCGUGAAGAAAUCAAAAAGAUUAUCGAAAAAGAUUAUUUGGACCUCUCAAAUAUUCCAUCUCAACAGCAUGAUUACGAAAUGAGACUGAAGUUUACAUCCGAUAUCCCUAUAAGUUUUGCUCCUCGUCGAUUGUCCUAUUCUGAUAGAAAAGAUGUUGAUAACAUAAUCGAUAAUUUGCUGGCUGAGGGUAUUAUUCAGCCCGGCGAAUUACUAUAUUCGUUUCCAAUCGUUUUGCGUCAAAAGAAGUCGGGAGAGAAGCGCUCGUGUGUUGAUUAUCGAGCUCUAAAUAAAAUCACAGUGCGCGAUAGUUAUCCAAUUCCGUUAAUAGAUGACUGUUUGGAACGUCUCGAGGGUAAGCAAUACUUCACUGUACUGGACUUGAAAAACGGAUUCCAUCAGGUGAACGUUGCUCCUGAUUCUAUUUUGUAUACUUCCUUUGUGACGCCGGGAGGGCAAUAUGAGUAUCGGAAAAUGCCUUUUGGGUUGAGAAAUGCACCUGCAGUAUU